ACCCCUUCUGGCGCGCUCUGCAGCGAGUGUGGUUUUGAAAUGCUGUUUUGCAGCUAUAGCUAGAAGGGUGAUUCAUCCUCCCAGCAGGGCUGUGACUUGCUUUUGCAUGUUUCAGGAGGCCAGCUAGCUUUAUAAUGACCUAAUUGCAUAGAGUGCACCUCCCAGAAGGUUUCUCUGCAAACUUCUGAGCAAAGCAGCAGAGGUGUAUAUAAAAGAGGAAAGUCCUUUGGGGACGAUGGCGAUCGGCUCCCACCAGCUGUUCCUCAUGGCUGCAGAUUUAACAGUGGCUUCCGUCCUCUCCUUUGUCCUUUAUGUGCUUGGCUGCCUUUUCCUGGCGAGCCUCUCCAGCUUGGUGAUCUUCCACUUCUCCUUUGGGCUGCUGAAGAGAGCAAAGAGGAGAGCAAAGAGGAAAAUCAGCCUGAAAGGGAGAGCAAUCCUGAGCCUGGUUUCUCGGAGCACCAUCGGAGGGAUGCUUGUGAAGAGAUUAGGCCAAGAGGGUUCUGGGUUGCUGGAGGUGAACCGCUCCUCAGAGGAAGAAAAGUCACCUAUGCUGAAGAAGGAAAGCUCCUCAAACACCAGGGUGAGACAACUCCCAGCGGGUAAGGAAAAGAACCAGGCAGUGAUGCAGACCCUUGUUGAGAGCCCACUCUCUUGGGAAGAAACUCCCAUGCCAAAGCACCACAAACAGAUGCCGUUGAGCCUUGCCCUCUCAAUCUACCAGGAACCAGAUCCUGCAACCUCUCUAUAAGCAGAGCUGAACUAGUUUUUAGGCUAGGAGAUGUAGCCUACCCUCAGCCUGCAAGUUUAAUUAGGCUGUACCACCCACUCUGUAUGGGAAGGAGCCCAAAAAAGAGAGAGGAGGAGACAGGCAAAGAAGACCUUAAGCCUGCUCCAGGUGGACUGUCCCCUCCUACCUCCAGGCCAUCUUCCACUAACUGCCCUGUAGAAAAAGGUGUCGAGAAUUCAAGGGAGGCAGGGAAAGCCCACACCUGCUCCAUUUGGACUGUCCUGACCUCACCAUAGGGCCAUUUAGAGAUACUGAGACUGAUGUGUUUGAGUCUAGAUGUAUCAAUGUUUGCCUUCCGCCGGAGUGAUGUCAUGAUGUCUAACUAUUAUUUUAAAGUAAUGACUGAGGUUUCGAAGAUUUUAAUUAAAAAAAAUAAUGAAUGUCUUGCUCUCUAAUUGCAUUAUUUUGUACCACCCGAGGACAUUAAGUAGUGAAGCAUGGUUUUCAAAUUGAACAAAUAAAUCACUAAAGAUGGGGGGAUGAAUGCAAAGAAGACUCCAGAAGCUGCCCCGGUUGGGGUGGCAGGGCUACCUGCCAUUAACUGCCCUGUGGGAAGGAUCCCAGGAGAAAGAGUGUCAGGGGCUGGACUGGGGAGGAAUGGUUGGGACCGCCCCCCCCUCUUCCUGCACAUUCCCAAGAAGAAGAGGACAGUAUAGAUUUAGAACAGAAGUUUGCAGAAGAUCAUAGUUCAGAGGCUGCAGAGAGGAGAAGCUGGGAAAUAUUGAGGGAGCAGCAGGAAGAAGAAGAAGCACCAGGGGAGAGGCAGCUAACAGACUCGGUGUCUCUUGAAAGCAUUCCUGACACACACACCCCGAACCAGGCAUGCCUUGAAAGCAGCAGAACAGAAAACUCAGAGGCAGGAAGCACAGAUCAGCCAGCACAAGGGUGACGUAGAAUAGGAGGGACUGAGGGGGUGGGACUUUACUUGGAGCAAUGCCAUUAUCUAAGAGAGACCACAUUCCUUCGUCUCUUUCAGUGAAUAUUGAAGAAACUACAGUCAUACCUUGGAAGUCAAACAGAAUCUGUUCCAUUCGACUUCCAAAACAUUCAGAAACCAAAGUGCAGCUGCCAUAUGGGAAGGAUCCUGAUGACAUGUUAGAUUGGGAUACUGCCUUGCAUGAUUUUAUGAAUGCAUUUUAAAGUUACUUGUAAGCCUCUUUGAAGGAAUUUGCACCCUGAAAGGUGGGAUUCGAUAUGAUGAUAUGAUAUGAUAAACAAACAACAUAAUGUGGAAGCAACUUGCUCCAAUGCCGGUUGCCAGGUUUAUUUAAAGCCCACCCCAAACUGGGCUACAAUUCGGUGAUUCGGGUUCAUUUGCUGGCUUCUUUCCAGGUGCCAUGAUCAGCACAUGAUGCCCAGUGUGUGUGAGUGGCCUUUAUGUCAUUGUGAAAUGCUGCAAUCUAAACAGGACAAUGUAGGUGCCAUCUGAUAACAUUGGCACCAACGUUUGAGCAGUUGAGAAACCCAUGGCAGCCAUGGCAGCUCUGGAAUUCAUAAGACCAAUUUAGAUCAUCAUUGCAGACAUGAACAAAGCUGAGUUUUUAGAACCUUUGAAAAACUGGUUGUAUGUAUCCACCUUUAAUCUUCAACUGCUUUGAGUCCCUAUUUGUCAGCUGGAGAAGAGAACAGAAAUCUGUUUGCUCCACGUAUUUGCCGCAUGACUUCUUGUCCUCCUGUUCAUGUCAACGUUCCCAAAUCCUGGUCCCGUUGUCAUUUCAAUCUCUCCUUGGCUCCUGGUUGUGGGGAAUUAAAAGGCUUGGAUUUUCUGAAUGAGUUCUAAUAUUAUUAUUUUUAAAGUGAUUAGAACGGAAUGGUUUCCAGGAGUGUUCUCUGAUGGAUUACAGUAGGAACUGGGUCAGGACCUGCUGAGGAUCAGGAAAUGUAAGACAGGAUCAUGGACCAUUUGCUGACUUUGACACAAAUGUUCAGUGAGUUUGAGGAAAUGAGAUCAGAAUCACAAACGGCACACAGCAUGCUCACUUCGUAGAUUAGAGCAUCACACGAAAAUAGUUUUUCUUACUUAUGUAAGAUGAGGAAAAGCAUAAAUACCCAAACAAUUUCCAGGGGAGCUGGGAAGAUGAAACUGCAUAUUUAUAGUAGGAUUAAUUUUUGCAUUUCAAAACGUGGUGUUUCACCAAACAGAUCCUCAACAAAUUUAGCAUUGUUUGGGAUAUGAACAGAACAGUGAUUUUAGUGGUGAUGAUGGGAAGGGAUCAGUUCCAGGUUUUCAGAAAAUUGAGAAUUUUUAUUCCAGCCACUUUUCACCUCAUAUCAUGCUUCAUCAAAACUUGUGAGAAGCUUGUUUUUAAUCUUUCCAAAAGUUCUUUUUCAGAGCAGGAAAGCAAGAUUACUGGUUACAGGGGAGGGCGGGGAAACCUGGAAAUGCAUUCUUAUGAAUUGCAGUGAUCAAGCAAUUUGUAUCUGCCAGUCGAAGGACCAAAGGGGGCUGCUUCAUACUGUAUUUACUUGAAUCUAAUGCUCACCUUUUUCGGCCAAAUGACGUUGCAAAAAAACAAGGUAUGCAUUAGAUUCAUUGGCACAUUUACAUUUGCUGGCAAAUACUUUUGGGGUUUCAAGGUUCUGGAAAUUGAGGCGCACAUUAGAUUUGAUGGUGCAAUUGGACCCGAGUAAAUGCGGUAUUUGUUCAUCUAGCCCAGACAUCCCCAAACUUCGGCCCUCCAGAUGUUUUGGACUACAAUUCCCAUGAUCCCUGACCACUGGUCCUCUUAGCUAGGAAUCAUGGGACAGUAAGAGCUGUUCGGCAGUGGAAUUUGCUACCAAGGAGUGUGGUGGAGUCUCCUUCUUAGGAGGUCUUUAAGCAGAGGCUUGACAGGCAUAUGUCAAGAAUGCUUUGAUGGUGUUUCCUGCUUGGCAGGAUGUUGGACUGGAUGGCCCUUGUGGUCUCUUCCAACUCUAUGAUUCUAUGAUUCAGCCCAGUAUUGUCUGCCCCAACCCUCCUCCAGCCUGGUGCCUUGCAGAUGUUUUAAAUUAUAACUCCCACCGUCCCUGACCAUUGCCUAUGCUUCAUCCAAAGCAUCUGAAGGGCACCAGCUUGCAGACGGUUGGUAUAACUGAAAAGCGGCAGCUCUCCAUGUCUCAGGCAGCUCAAGAGGGUCUCAGGCUGAGUCUAAGGCUGUGGUGUCUGGUGCCCAAUCUGGGAGCCCGGCAGUAGGUGGCGCUAGAGCUAAUGCCAGGCAGAGCCAUCAAAUUCUAAUUCCCACCCCCCAUCUCCCUGCUGAAUUCUACAAGGGCUAACAUUGAGACUAAGGAGGAGAAAGCUGACUGGCUGGGCCACCGUAGGACUGGUUGUCUACAAAGAGGCAGGUGGAAGCUGGCUGAGGACAGGUGGAACUUAAUGGGUCAGUGGUCCCUUUGCCCAAAUGGGCCAGCUACCUUUUUUUUUUAAUGGGAGAAGCCAGGAAUUGAACCUAGAACCUUAUGCGUGCCAAGAAGAUAGGGUUGCCAGUCUCAAUAGAGGACAGGACU